AUUAGCUCUGCGUGCGCAUUUGUGCUUAGUUUUCUUGGUAAAAGUGGCGUUUGUUUCCACUCGUUAAUCGUUGACGCCGGUAGAAACAAACCGGCAGAAUUUUUUUUCUUUCACUAAUCUUGUUCGAGAGAACUGACAAAGAGUCCUUUGCUCAAAAACUGUUGAGGACUGGAUAUUCCAGCCAAGGAUAUUUAAAGGAUUUGCUUAACAGCAGCAUUUUUUCAUACAGAAGAAAAAUCAGUGAAUUGGAAACCUCGUUACAGAACAGUUUCGUCCAUUCGUGAUCUACCAGAAUGACUGCCGAACUUGAAGAACAGGAGAAGAAGAGUGAGAAAGAAUUGGAAGUGGAAAAAAUAUCUCCUAAGGAUGAGUCAGCUCCUCAGAAUGGGGGAGGGGAUCUCAAAAAAACUGACCAAGAAGAUGAAAAAGCUCCUGAAGAAGAGAAAACAGCUGAAACAGACGGAGAAGGCCAGCAACAGGAGGAGGAUGUGGUGGCAGUAGCUCCUCGACGAAGGGCACCUCGUUUCUGGGAAAGAUUGUUUCAAAGGCGGCAAAACACAGCAAAGCAAGAUGCUGAAGCAGGAACGGAACUUCUCUCUAAAGAUGGCAAAGCUGAAAUUAAAAGUGAAGAAGAUGUUAAAAAUGAAAAGAAUGACAGCGGAACUGAUGUUACUGUCCCUAUCACAGAUGACAAUGAAGCAGGUGGGGAAGAUGCCAAGGCUUCCAAGGAAGAACAAAAACGCACAUAUUGGAAACGGGUUGUCAUCAGCCUUGUCUGCAUAACAAUUGCUCUGAUUGUGGUCAGCAUUGUUUCAAUCUUUACUAGCUCCGGACAUACUUCUAGAGGACCACUUGGUAAACCACUGGCUAUCACAGAUUGUGGUCCCGUGAAAGGAUAUAAAGAAGAUAAUAUUUACGUUUUUAAGGGCAUCCCUUAUGCUCUCCCUCCUAUUGGUGAAUUGAGGUGGAAACCCCCCAUGCAGGCUUCCAGUUUCAAUGAAUGUUGGACAGGUACCUUGGAGGCUUUUAAUUCUAGUGUCCUUUGCUAUCAAAAACCUAUACCUGGCUAUGAAGUGGAAAUGAGCGAGGAUUGCCUUUAUUUGGACAUCAUUACCCCAAGUCUCUCUCCUCCUGUUCUAAGACCUGUUGUCGUUUACAUUCCAGGAGAUUAUCCCCUCAAAGGCUACACUGCAACAGACAUAAAAUGGAGACCCACUACAUCAAUUGCUGAUUCAAAGGAUGUCACAUUCGUCACUAUCAAUUAUCGUACCAAUGUUUUCGGGUUCAUGACUUUGGACUUGCUUGCUAAUCGAAUAAGACCACCAACUUCUGGUAAUUAUGGUAUCAUGGAUAUGUUAACAGCUUUAAGAUGGGUACAGAGGAAUAUAAGAAAUUUUGGAGGCGAUCCCGAAAAGGUAACUGUCUUGGCUCACGGGGGUGCAGCAACAGCUGGACUUGCCCUUUUAUCCACAAAGAAAGCUGAUGGCCUGUUCAGUCAAAUGUGGCUAACCGCGCCGUCUGCUCAUUUCAGCAAUAAGUCAUUAGAGGAAAUCAGCUCUGAUAAUGCUGGUUUUCUGAGGAAAAUAAAUUGUGACAGUUUAUGGUGCUUAUAUAACAAAACUUCGGAAGAAGUUUUGGCAGCCACUCCAGGAUUCUGGGCUUCCGAUUGGUCAACUGAUCUUCCCAGUUCUGAAGAAGAGCAAUCCCCUGUUAUGGUCGUAGUUGAUGGCAACAUUCUGUAUAAUACACCUUUCAAUAUGUGGAAAGCUGGAGAUAUACAACAAGUACCAGUUGUUCUAGGUUCUGCUGCACAAGAAUCUGGUUCCUCCAAAAUACUUCCAGACCUCGAUAAAUGGACUUGGACAGAUUUUAGUGAUUACGUCAGUGAAAAAUUGGAAUCCAUCAGUGACAAUGUGACUGUGGCAGCACUACAAUUCUACAUUCAGAAUUCAUCAACGCCACUUCAGCAAUUCCAUUCAAUGGUUUCUGACGUUAGAACAUUAUGCCCACUUGAGAGACUUGCUGAAGCACUAGGAGAAGUUCUGCAGACAGGUUCUUACUGGUACGUUGUGGAUUACAAACCAAGUUCACCCAUCCAGUUCUCAAAUGAUAGUUAUGCUGCUCACCUAUCUGUUCACGGCAUGGACAUUGCUGCAAUCUUUGGUCUGCUUGAUCAGUACUUAAAACCCAUGGCUCCAGCUGAUGUAAAAUUCGAAAAGAACAUGCAAGAUUUGUUUUACAGUUUUGUUCGUUAUGGUCGACCAGAGAUACGCGGAGAAAUCUUGAUGGCAUCAAAUUUCAUUAAUAUGAUCGGAGAUCAAAUCCGCAGUUUGUUUUUGCCAUAUGAAAACUGUCAUCUUUGGAAUAAUGAUGUGUUUUACCCCACGUAUGCGAAAGUCAACUAAAUAUAGUUGGACUUUUGAACUGUAAUUUUUAGUGUUCUUAUCAAAAGUUUGAAAGUAGCAUUACACAACUAUGUUACUUUUGAAUGAAAUUUAUGUGAAAUUAAUACUUUGAGUAUUAAUUACUAUUGGGCAAAGUGUUUUAUAGUAAAACAUAAAACUAUAUUUGAGAAUGUCUUCAAUAUCAUGCUCAAAAGUUGAAAAUGUUAACUAAAGUAAUAUGCAUUUUUAUUAUAAUGAAAAAGUGAUUGAUUUUUGUAUUUGCUUUACCUACAAAUAUGCAUUGAUAUGUCUUUUUUUAUUAUUUUAUUUGUUUUUGUAGAGUUUUGCAUAACGUAAGAAAUCUCAGGAAGGGAUAUAGAAAAGGUCUUGACUAUUCAAAAAUUUAUUAAUUUUUCUGACUGAUACCGCGUUAAAGCUGUGAUACAGUGCGAGCUGAUAACAUUUCAUCAUUUAGUUAUCAUUUAAAAUCAUAAUUGUACUCAUUUCAUUUUUCAAGUAUGUGUUUAGUUUUGCGUUUUCUAUAUGUCAUCUAGUUUUGGAAUAUUUAAUAUGUUUUUCCUCGUGCAAAGGAGGGGGGAAAGUGUGGUAUUAAACUUAAUUUGCACUUCAGAAUUUGUUUUUUCCGUCAGAGUUAAUUUUUUAAACAUAUCAAAUAACAUUUCAAAAAUUUGGUAUUUCAUUAUAAUUUCGAUGUACUUACUUUAUCAAAUUAAUUCACUAGGAUAAUUCUGAAUUUCAAAAGUAUAAACCCUGAUGUGUUUUAAAUUAUUUCUUACCAUGUAAUAAAAAUUAUACUGUAAUGCAAAAUGAAAAGAAAGCAAGUUUGUUUACGACGCGAAGUACGAUGGAAUAGUAAAAUAUGAUACUUUAUUAUAAGGAGGAGCAUGUGCAUUUUAAAUACAACAAUUGUAAUUUUGAUUUUAAAUUUAUCUUAUCAUAGAAUAAUAUGGCCAAAGAAAAUAUAUUCCUGUGAAUUUCUGACAAGUUUUGGUUGUUUUUAACUAUUGCUGUUUCUGACUGAAUACUAAGUAAUCAAAGUAGAUUUAUACUCAAAUCCCUAUUAUAAUUUUAUAUUAUUUCUUACGGAUUUAUUGAAAACAAAUUUGUAAAUGUUCGUAUAAAAACUGAAGUACGCAAUUUAUAAGAUAAAGCUGAUGGAUAUUUUUUACAAAAUUUGUUGAUAGCUGAUCAACUUUCAUGACUGUUCAUUUCAUUAGUUAAAUUGCAUUUACACUCGCGAAUUCCUCAUGUUAACCUCUGUGAAUUAUUGGGACCAACCAGACCCAUGUAUUAAAAUUUGUGAUCUAGCAUUCAUUCUUGCACUGUUGUUAUCAGGGUUGUAUGCAUCUGUGAAAGGACUUUGUAAAGGCUAAUUUACAGACUAUUUAUAUUAUCGGCUUACAUUUUUAAUGUGUAAAUAUAGUAUAGCUAUCAGCCCUUUUCUGUGGAAGGAGCUUCAGAAUAUUGCAACUUGCACAUGCAAAGUAUUAUCAAAUCUUCAAUAUUAUUUAACACUUUUUAUAUAAAAACAUUUUUGCAGAAUGUAAAAUAUUUGAAAACUUUAAAAAAGUAUAAUAUAUUAUUCUACAUAAAUAUAACUUCUGGUAUUUGAUUAAAAAUUUUAAGCAGACCUUUACAACAUAUUUCAAACUAAUCUUUACAUAUCCAUAGCUACUAGUGUAAAAUAAAAUGUAAUAAUUAGCUAUUAAACAAAGUUUCAAAACUGGAACCGUAUUGUUUCAAAAUGGAACCGUCUUAAAUUUAAAGUAACUAAGAUUAUCUGGAUUAUUCUAAAGUACAUUAAGGCUGUUUGCCUAAAACGGGUGUCCCUCGGAGAAGGUCCCCCCCCCCCGGGAAUUGGGAAGGAUACUGACUCACAUUCAGAUUUCACACGGGUAAAACCACAAAUAUGUAGCCACCCUAUUCGGUGGGAUGUCAGCAAUCAGCAUUCAGCGCUCUUGCCGCUUGCUGCUGAUUGGUUUUUAAAACAAGUAUUCGGUUUUGAUAAGGAUUCGAAUGUCUUCAAGCUCACUUACACAUCUUUAUUUAUUAUUGAGGUACAUAUGAAAUAAAAUAAAAGUUGAAAACAAGCGUUUGGGUAUUGAAAUGUGGUUCAGGAAAAACGAACAUUGUUGUGGAAACAAAUUUAUUGGAAGUUUUGAGCCAUGCUGGGUUUUUAAUCUUUUCUUCUACCAAAUAAGCAAAUUUUGAGAAGAAGAAUGAAAUUUUCUUUCACUUUUUGCCAGAACUAAUGAUUUUUUUUAUAGCAUAUAGGGCAAAAAUUCCCAACCUUUUCCUUGCAUCAAACCCUUUUAAAGGAAUACAUACGUAAAUAUAAUACAAAUAAUUACACAUAACUUGAAUCUAACAAUUAGAUUAAGAAUAUUCACUGAAGUUUUGGAAAAAUGGUUUAUUAGGUUUUUGUUUAUUUGUGUGUGUGUGUUUUAUUAUUUUUAAUUUUACAAAUAUAAACAAAUUUUCAGAAACAGAACCACAGAUUCUAAUUUCACAAAAUUUCAAUUUUAUUUAAUCUGAUUGGCUGGCGCUCGAUGCACUAAGGCGAUUGUUUUUAAUAUUUGGUAUAAAGCUGCUUAAUUUAAUUUAAAUCAUCUCGUUCAAAAAUAGUGUCUCUUUAUUGUUUUCCAUUCUGGUUAUGUGUUCUUACUUUUUUGAUUGUGUUUUCUUUCGUUAUUGCGUUUUACUUUUUUUAUAUUUUACUAAUUGCCUAAAAUGUUUAUAUAUUAAAAAUUAUUAUGGAUUUUUAAAAUAUAGUAAAUUUUUUUAUGUUUACCCUCCUUACAUUUAUUUUAUGCAACGAUACAGCUUUAAGUCAAUAAAGGAUUAUCUAUUUUAUUAAUAACUUUUUCGAAAUCAGUGCAAUCUUGAUUGUGCCGAUUAAUUGUCGACAUAUAUUCUGUUAUCGACUAUGAUCACCAUUUCCUCCUCCUUUUCUUAACUCUAAUUUCUUUUCCUGUGUUCCACAAAGUAUACCAGGUGGUGCAUUUAAUUACGGCAAAGCACACUAGGGCUAUCUGCCUAAAGGGAGGGAUGCCUUCGUGGAGGACUUUCUAAGGGAAACUGGCUCGUAUACACGUUACACAUGGGGAAAACCACGAAAACAAAGUAUACCAGGAGGCUUACACAAGUAAGUUAUAUUACUAAUCAAAUAAACAUACAAUACCGCUGCAAAUGGGAAAAAAGUAUUAAGGAACAAUAAAUAAAUAAAAAAAAUAUGUUACCGUUGAACCCCUUUAAAAUUUCAUCAUCUUCCCCCCCAGGGUGCCUAUAUCUAUGCUGUUGGAAAUUCUUGAUUCAGUGCUUUGGGAAGUUUUUUUAAAUGUCAUUUAAGAAGAAAAAAAUUAGAUUUAAUUAAUGAUUAAGUUUUGCCAACUAAAUCCUGUUCUUUAACAUUAAAAAUAAAUACAUAAAUAAAAAAAUUAAUUAUAAGGUCUGCUUUAAAAAUAAGUUUAAUUGUUAUUUUUGCUUUUAGGCAUAAAGAAUUUUCUGCAUAAAAGCAUACUUAGUUAUUGCAUGUGCAGUUGUUCCUUAUGACACAAAACUGUGAGAUGUCAUGAACAUGAGAACUUGAAUGAAGUAGUCUAAUGUUUUGCCUGUUGCAAAAUUCCGUUUAACCUAUAUUUGAUAAGAUCACACUGCCUGGUUAUUUAUUACCUUACUGAUUAAUCAAUCUAUUAGAUUCCAUCAAUGUUACAUUGUGGCAGAUGUGUUCUGUACAUUUCAAAAUCUACUUUUCUACCCUCUACAUAUCUUUAGACUGAAUGUUUAAAGUAAUAUUUAGUAUGUGUGUAUCUGUAGUGAGAUUUAAUGUGUGCGUGGAUUGAUUUCAGAAUUCCACUGCAAUUUAUAGACUGCAAAUCUCAAAGUUAAUGUUUUUCACAUUUUUGUACAUUUUAAUGACUUUCUUUCAAAAACUUAUGCUGAGUUAAAAAGUAAAACAAUGUAAACCAAAGGAAUUUGCAUUCACUUGCAAUUUCCAAUCGGAUAAAGUGCAAAUGAUUUUGAAAGAAGUCUGUCUUUAUAAAUGUCCAUUUGAAGGUUUUCUGACGUUUCACUGAAAAUUUAAUAUCAAGGCUGCUGCAGAUACUGGUGCUGUUUUGAACUUUUACUACACUUCGGGCCAGUACCCAGGUGCUUGUUUUAUACAAGUAAGAUGACUUUAUAAAAUUUAGAUUUUUGUAUGAGAGAAGUCUUUACAACUUAUGUGCUCAAUUUUACUCAAAUGUUCAAUAAACUUUAGGGUUUUAAAGCAAAUUAAAAUACAUUAAUUGUAACGUGAAAUGGCGUAAUCGCCUGGAUUACUGAAUUUCAUAAAAUUUUAAUAAUCACGAAACUGAAUCACUAAAUCUUGAAUCAUUGUAUCAAUUUCAUUUAUCUCAUUAAAGCAUUUUUCUGCACAUGAAUUGACAGGAGGUAUACUUCUAUAACUAAUUUUGUACACAUUUUGAAUAUCACGUUUGCUGCCACCGACGAGAAGACUCGUAGCUGGCCAGUUGAGUGUACUUGCCAUGUACGAGAUAACUCGUUACUCAUAGCCUUACCCAAAACCACCGAAUAUGGGUACUGCUGUAGCAGGCCGUGUUUAGAUGUUUGGCGUAGAGGAAGGGACUAUAUAAUGGACUUGGCAUAUUGAAAUGGGUCAUUUGUUUCUCAAAGCGUAGAUACAAUACGUAAAUGUUUAGAAGUCUAAAAUUUUUUGUUGUUGUUUUGUUUAUUCACCUGGGAAAUGUUAUAAACGGACUACUCAAAUUUUUGUUCAGAGACUCGUGUGAGGCUAAUAGAAAACAACCUAUCGCGCGUGCAGUUUUUCAUAAAUGCGCAAAACGGGUGAGUAUUUUUAUCUAGUUCCGAGAUAUCUCGUAGUUGGCAUAGGGAGCAAAAGUCUUAUUUCAGAUGAAAUGCGAACUACGAGUAUAAUCGUGCGAGUUUAUUUAAUGUUAAAAGAAAUAUGUUACAUCUAUAUUUAAAUAAUAAAACAAAGAAAAAUAAUUAAAAAGCAUGAAAAUGCAGGUAGAUCUUUGUGUGUAUGAACGGGCACACCAUAUCGUGCUUUGGCAGCGAACGGGAUAAAGUAUUUACAACACUUUUGUGAUAUUAUAAUAAAUGGCUUGUGAGUGAUCAAAUUAAUGUGCCAAAAAAUGCUAAAAAAGGGGGAAGGAAGAAAGGCCUUAAUUUGAAUUUGUCUUCCUCUCUACGAAUAAGCUUUUGUUUUAUGUAUAUAUAUUGCAGUUUUAGAAAUAAACAAAAUUGUUUUAUAUCAAUUUUAAUUUUGGGAAUCUUUUAAAAUUAGUUUUUUAUAUGAAAUACGGAACAGAUAGAUACAUUUGUGUUCUUGUCUCAUGUUCCAUGUGCAUUCAUCUCUUUCUCUGCGUUAAAAAGUUUGGAAAACGUCAUACACAGUAGAAUAGCAGUGAUCCAAAGCUUCAGUUAUAUGAACAUCUUCUUCCUAGGCAUUAAAUGUGUUAAUUUUUUUAUAUGUUUUUGACUUUUUUUGCUGCUUGAAAUAAUAUAAUGCAGCAGUAUAUAUGUGUAAGUACACAUAACGUUUCUUAAGUUAUACUUAAGAAACUGUAAUGUAAAAUGCAAUCCGAAAAUUCACCGAAUUUUCUUCUACUAAAUACCUUUGAGCCCCAGGCAUAGAAUUUUUGUAAUAAAGAAACAUUCACAUCAGAUAUUAUCAAAUGAAGCCGUUUUUAUUUAUAGCAUAUUAUAUUCUAUCAGGCAAGUCAAGAGAAUCCUAUAAUACAUAGAUUAAAAAUAUUCUUUUUAGGAUAAUAAUAACUGAAAUUAAAUACCGCUGCCACUUAAAAAUUAUAUUAAUAAAAUAUCGUUUGUAUUCAUCUAAAGCUAACGCUUGUAUUAAAUGAAUUCUUAACAAGCAAAGGAUAACACUAUAGAAUUAUUUUUAGUUAAUGUAAUAGCUUCGCAAAAAAAUUAAUUAAAUAAAAUAUAAAUACUUCUUAUAUGUCUUCUUAAUUAUUCAUAAUUAAUCAGUCUUUAAUUAAAUAAACAUUCUUUUUAU